AUGGCUCAUUGUUGGACAUAUCCAUCUUUCUUUGAUCAAAACGUACCAUUGAACAAUUUUCGGGGUUCAAUGAAUAAUAAUUCAAAUUUCUUAUCGAUAUUCGAAGAUAUGAAUAAAAUGAUGGCAAUGAUGAAUCAACGUUUUCAACGUUUAUUUGGUUCAUCAUCAUUUUCUAUGAAUGACAUGGAUGAUUGGAUGGAAGAUAGAAAGAAGCUAGAUGCUGUUGAACCUGUUUGUACAACAACAACAUUAGAUCCACCAUCAACAACAUCAAUACAAAAAAAUCGACGAAAAAAAUUUCGUGCUACACAAACAACAACAUGUAUUAAAGAAUUGAUUGUUGAUGGAAAGAAACAAUUAUAUAAAGAAAUGAAUGUAACUGAUGACAAAGGUGUUUUAAUUUCACAAAGCAAGAUUUAUCAAACAAUGGCAAUCAAUACAAUGAACGAUACCAUGCCGAUUAAUAUAGACGGAGACAAAAAUGUCAUUUCAUAUUAA